AUGCUACUCCACGUGGAGAAGAUCCGCACGCCACUGACGGACCUAUUCGGCGUCAAGCACCCGAUCAUGCUCGCCGGCAUGGGUGUUGCGGCCAGUCCGAAACUCGCCGCAGCCGUGAGCAAUGCCGGCGGGAUUGGUGUCAUUGGUGGCUUCGGCUAUAGCCCGGACGGGCUUCAACAGCAGAUCGAUGAGCUCAAGUCCUAUUUCAACGACAAGGACGCGCCCUUUGGUGUGGAUAUCUUGCUGCCACAGGUUGGAGGGAACGCGCGGAAGACGAACUAUGACUACACGAAAGGGAAGAUCAUGGAGCUAAUCGACGUUGUUGUUGACGCGAAGGCCAAGCUCUUUGUCUCUGCGAUCGGUGUGCCACCCCGUGCUGCCGUGGACCGUCUUCAUGCGGGCGGAGUCAUGUACAUGAACAUGGUUGGGCAUCCAAAGCACGUCCAGAAGUGCUUGGAUUUGGACGUCGACCUGAUCUGUGCGCAAGGCGGUGAAGGCGGCGGCCAUACAGGAGACAUUCCACUCUCAGUUCUGAUCCCGGCUGUGGCCAAGAUUUGUAAGGGUAAGAGGAGCAAGUUCACUGGACAGGAGGUCCAGGUGAUCGCUGCUGGCGGAGUGUCGGGCGGCGACAGUCUGGCAUCGGCUUUGAUGCUGGGCGCUUCUGGCGUCUGGGUCGGAACGCGAUUCCUUGUCGCGCAUGAGGCUGGUGUAUCGAAUGCGCACAAGGACUCGGUGAUCAGCGCGACUGUUGAUGAUACUGUGCGGACGGUGAUAUUUUCAGGCCGUCCUUUGCGAGUCCGAAGAACCGACUAUAUCACCAAUUGGGAGGAGAAGCGCCAGGAGGAGAUCAAAGAGCUGACGGGCCGAGGCAUCUUGCCUGUCCAGCAUGACGCGGACAAGCAUCCAGAUGACGAGCAAGUGACGGACAACUUGCAUCCGCAGCUGAUGGGCGUGGUCGCAGGACUGAUCAGUCAGAAAGGCAGCGCAAAGGAGAUCGUGGACGAGAUGGUCGACGACGCAGCGGACAGGUUGCGAUCUGGUGGGCUUGCAGUUGUUGAAAAAGCCAGACUGUAG